AUGCAUUUAAAAUAAUAUAUUAAUUUUUUUUUCUUUUACUAAUUUAAUUAAAGCCAUAAAAAAAUUUUUUAUCAUAUUUUUGAUAAACAAAAUGUUAUUUUCAAAUAUUUAUAAUUAAUUAAUUAAUAAAAUUGGAAAAAAAAAUAAAUUAAAAUGGGAAAUAAAUAAAUCAAUAAAAAAAAAGUACAUCAUAGUAUGAUAAAAAAUAAGCCAAAAAUAUAUUAAAUUAAGAGAUUGAAGGAAACAGACUUUGCAUUUUAAAAAAUUGUUGAUCUUUGUUUAAGUGGAGAAGAGAUUGAUGAAGAAGGCAUAUAGGGCUUAAGUUCCUGCUUAGAAUAAAGCUUUACAAUCUAAGAGAUAAAAUUAUACAUUGAGUGGGAUAAAAUUGGUGCACAAUCUAUAUAAAGAAUAGCAACUGCCAUAUCAAAAUGCAAAAAUCUUUCUUUAUUAAAUAUUAGACAAAUAAAAUAAAGUAUUGAUACAGAUGAUCUUUUGACUUUAUUUCGUAGCUUGUCUUGCUGUAACAAUAUCAAAUAAUUUGAAGUUUCUCUAUAAUUUAAUAUCCCAUAUGAAAUUGUUUUAGAUAUUUGUGAUACACUAGUAAACUAUAGAAAUUUACAUUAUUUGUCAUUUCUAUGCCCUUUAAAACUAGGUAUUCAGACCAAACAUUAAGAAAAAAAAAUUAAUAAUAAACUUAUUAAGUUAAAAAGGUUAAUUUAACUAAACUUAACGAUUAUGUGUUGUUGUUGA